AUGACUAACUUCAUCCGUCCAGGAGGAGGGAGUUCCACAAAGAGCAUUUCAGUGACAAUUCCAGCGGAUGGGGAGCUCAUCAUCACUGUUCCUUCUAAUGAACCAAAGUGCUCCGCGUCAAUCAAGCUGGAACCUUUCAGUGGCACCGCAGAUUCGCAAGUCGAUGUCGCCGGCAGCCCUCUAGUUACGGAUAUCUCCUACUACCUCCUGCCUGGAGUCACUCUGAAUGUUUUCGCAUGGACUACAAGUGUCGUCCGGAUAGAAGGCUCUGAGCAGUUGCUGCGCGGUGUAAUUCGCACGUCGACGAAAUCGAUUACGCGUCCUUUAGUGGAGUAUCAUUGUGUCCUGCACACACAACGUGUCGCUGCGGAGAAAACCCAGUCUUGUGGACCGAUGAUGCUGAUAUGCGGAGGGCAACUGGCAGGCAAGAUCAUGGUUGCACGUACGCUAGCAAACUAUGCCGCGCGUGCCGGCUGGAAGCCAAUCUUGGUAGAUAUGGAUCCAGGAGUGCAGCAGAUGGUUGGCUUGCCCGGAUCAAUCGGGGCUGCCAUUGUGGACUAUCCAUUGUCUCUGGAUGAGAUCAUGGCGCUCUCCUUUGUGAACACAACGUAUUUUGUAGGCACAACAGAAGUCGAGUCCUUCAAUAAACUGGGGGAGGCUUUUACGGGGGCGGCGUAUGUGCACUUCUCAAAGCUUCUUCUCAACUGCGUUCGCGAACGGCUGCUGAUACACUCACAUGACCUGUACGGCUUCAGUGGUGCAAUAAUCCUUUUACCAGAGGUUCAUGGUAGCGCUGGAAUGAAUGUUAUCAGCGAAUUGAUACAACAGUACGACAUCUCCAACGUACUUUGCCUCGGGGAUGAUGACCUGUUUCACACCCUUUAUCUGCGACACGACCGCGGGAACACAGCUCUGUCGAACUACGUGAAGAUAGAUCGUAUUUCGCACAACUUUAGUGUUGUGCCCCCAGUUAAUGCCGAUGCCGUGAUGCCAUUGAAAUACAGCGACUACUUUCUCGGCACUGGAGCAGUAGACCUGCAUCCAUCACAGUGGUCAAAGCCAUUUAACAGUAUCGACGUACUCAUUCUUAAAGAGGAGCAUGGACAAGUAGUGCUGUCUCCAGUCCCGAAGGAGGAGCUACAGGGUAUCGUUGGCUGCAUUGGUGCACUUUACUCGCCAAAGUCGGGUAGUGCACUUCAGGCGUCGCCUGUUGCAUAUGCAAGGGUGCAAACAAUCGACCCGACUGGCGUUUGCUUUCUGACAAGCACCCAUUUCACGUUUCCGUCAGAAAAGCUAACGUUGCUUGUCGGGAGUGUCCGCUGGAUUACCAGUACGUAA